GCCAGCCACGCGUAAAUUAUUUGAUUUCUCCUGUCAGUUCCUCUUCCUUGCCCUUCGGGAAGUGGGAGAACGCACUCGCCUCCUGGGCGGAGACAGCGCGCGAGCUGGACGUUUCGGGGCUAGCGUCGUGCCAGCCCCAGCGUGCAAUCAACCGGCUCCCGAAACGUCCAUCUGCCUGCGAAACGCACGCGGACCAGAGCAGAGUAGAACAGAGCGUUCCUCUGCUUCGGGCAUGUCGUCCUGCUCCGGCGCCACGGUGGCGUGCUGCGAUGGCUCCCGUGCGGGCGAGAGGGCCCUCACGGCCUCCUUGCUACCCAAGACGGAGGUCGUCGUGCCGGUCGAGGAGGCUGGCGCCGCGGAGGAGCUGCCGCCGGUGCUCACGCGCAAGCAGCCGGGCUGGCUCGCCAGGGCGGUGAAGGAAGUCUGGUCCGUUUCCUUGUCCGUCACAUUCCCCAUGAUGCCGUCGAUGCCGGCCGGCGCGGCGGGCGCGGAAGCGCGGUCCAUACUGGGCCUCGCGCUGCCGAUGAUCCUGACGGGGCUGCUUCUGUACCUCCGGUCAAUGAUUUCGAUGCUCUUCCUCGGCCGCCUCGGCGGGCUGGCGCUCGCCGGCGGCUCCCUCGCCAUCGGCUUUGCCAACAUCACCGGCUACUCCGUCUUGUCGGGCCUCGCCAUGGGCAUGGAGCCCAUAUGCGGGCAGGCCUUCGGCGCGGGCCAUUACGAGCUCCUCGGCGUCACCACGCAGCGCACUGUCCUGAUGCUCGUUGCGGCCGCCGUCCCCAUCGGCUGGCUGUGGGUGCACAUGCGGCCUCUGCUCCUGCUCUGCGGCCAGGACGCCGGGAUCGCCGCGGUCGCGGAGACCUACAUUCUUGCCUCCCUACCGGACCUACUCCUCCAGGCGUUCCUCCACCCCGUCCGCAUCUACCUCCGGACACAGUCCAUCAACCUGCCUCUCACCUUGUGCGCCGCGCUCGCCAUUGCUCUCCACCUGCCGAUCAACUACGUCCUCGUCUCCGUCCUCGGUCUCGGCAUUAGGGGGGUGGCAUUGGCCUCUGUGCUGGCAAACUUGAACCUCCUCCUGUUUCUCUUCGCUUACAUAUUGUUCAAGGGCGUGCACAAGCGCACUGGCGGCUUCGCGCUCUCGGCCGACAGCUUCCGCGGCUGGGGAGAGCUCGUCAGCCUCGCGCUACCGAGCUGCGUCAGUGUCUGCCUUGAGUGGUGGUGGUACGAGAUCAUGAUCCUCCUGUGCGGCCUGCUCGCCAACCCGCAGGCGACGGUGGCCUCCAUGGGCAUCCUGAUCCAGACCACGUCGCUCAUCUACAUCUUCCCUUCCUCGCUCAGCUUCGGCGUGUCCACGCGCGUCAGCAACGAGCUCGGCGCGAACCGGCCCGGCCACGCGGGCCGCGCGGCCACGGUCGGCCUGAUGCUCGGGUUCGCAUUCGGCGGAGUGGCAUCCGCGUUCGCGUACCUAGUGCGGGGCGCAUGGGCAACCAUGUUUACGGCCGACCCGGCGAUCGUCGCGCUCACCGCGUCCGUGCUGCCGAUCCUGGGCGCGUGCGAGCUCGGCAACUGCCCGCAGACGACCGGGUGCGGCGUGCUGCGGGGCAGCGCCCGGCCCAAGGACGCCGCCAGCAUCAACCUCCGGUCGUUCUACCUCGUGGGCACGCCCGUGGCGCUCGUCCUAGCGUUCUGGUACCACUAUGACUUCCAAGGCCUGUGGCUGGGCCUCCUUGCUGCUCAGGCCGCCUGCGUGGUGCGCAUGCUGCUGGUGAUCGGGCGGACGGAUUGGGCCGCCGAGGCCAAGCGCGCACAGCUGCUCACUGGAGCAGGCGCGGUGGAGACCAAAGAGAGCAGCGGCAAGGGUAGUCAGAUCAUGAAAGUCGAAGCAGCCGGUGGAGAGGAGAAGCCGGUCUUGCUUAUCGACGUAGUGAUCGAGCGGCCAAACGAUCGCUGCUGACAUCCAAGGCAACCAUGCGUGUGCCAUUCGACGUUUGGAGCCAUUUUUUGUCCUUUUUUUUUGGCGGGAGAGGAACAAGAGAGGCGGACAGAGUGACAAUUUUGUCACCCAUUGGUUAUUUGUAAAGUUUCUUUUUAUGGCUGUUAUAGAAGAUGAGAACAUUGACAGGAAAUUUCAAAGAGUUUCUUUUUAUUUGUUGGUAGAACAACCUUCUCAAUACUCACAACGCUGCUCCCGCAGCUGCCCCUGUUAAAAGUGAGAAGGAGCGGGUAUAUUGCCACUAAAAUCACCAAUCCAAGAUUUUGAAGAGCUAAGGAGCAAGAAAAAAGUCGGGCACGUCGUGCAUCGUCAAAGUAGCAGAUCAUCUCCUAAUGCUGCAACUUACAGAGUGAUACAUAA